GUCAAGCUGUGCCGAUGGGGAAAAAGUGCUCCUGAAAUUCUUCAAUUUGAAGCGAGGUUUUCGAGUUUGAAUGCUGUUUUUAACAUUAUCAUUUUCAUUAUUGAACUCCUGAUAAUAUAUCGAAGUGACUUUUAUAUGCUGUAAUGGAGUAGACUGUGAGUAUUAAGAUGAAAUAGGUGCAAGUUUCCUGCCUUUACCUGUUUGUAUUCGCCUAUGCAUUAGUACAUACUGUGAACUGUGAUACCGGUACGUGGUUUAAUUCGUCAUGCAUGGAUUCAUCGCGAGCAUGUCUAGACCGACCCGUUUCGAUUCACCGGUAUACAAGCGAGAAGCUCCGGGCAUUACGUAAUAAUGUCAGUGAACCUCUCAGCAACGAAGUAAAAACUGUUAUUAGUGAUCUCGGUAUAUAUAUAACCAAGGAGGUUUAAAUCUCCUUGAUAUAACAAGGCAUCGAGGACGUCGUGGGGGUAGACAUAUUCGUCGUACUUUCAAAGUAUCAUCAAAUCGUGACGAAACUAAAUCAAAAAAUGAACACUGUGCCAAUGAAAAGAAUUUGACUCAUGUCAUCUUCGAACGCAAUUCUACUGAACUUGUACUACCAACUGGUUUUUUUUUUUGCAACUUACAGUCAAUUAAUAACAAAUUAGAUGAACUAGACAUCAUUCUAAAUCAGCAAAGAAUAGGUUUGUGUGUUGUUACAGAGACUUGGCUGACUGCCGACCAACCUGAGAGCUCUUUUUCUAUUGACGGAUACAAAGUAUUUACCAAGACAGUCUAGAAUUGAGCGAAAAGGGGGUGGGGUGGCCAUUAUAUGGAACCCCAAUUCAACCCUCAAUACAUCGAUGGACUACCUGAACCUGGUUAUCUGGAGGUCUCCUGGGUCAAGUUGAGACCUCGUCGCCUUCCCCGUUCAGUGAUAUGUGUCGCAGCGGUCUACUCUCCACCGAAUGAUGAUCAUGGUGAAGACCUCAUUCAGUACCUUCUACGGUGUAUGGACAUACUGAGGACUAAAUAUCAGUCAGCAGGAUUCAUCAUCCUAGGUUGCAGCGAUUGCAGAAGAUGUGGAUCUACACAACCGGGGUGUCUAUCGUGUUUACGCGGACUUGCCUCAUCGGGUAAACGUUCAUCACCUGAAUUAAUGUGGCCUUCUUAUGGAUUCCUCUCAAGUCCCCAUCAUCAAAAGGGUUUCUUCUCAAGAUAUGCAGAUAUGGAAUAUGGAAACUUUAAAUCACAGAAAAAAGAAUCACAGUUGACCGGUUUGCGAUUAAGGGAAAGUCCAAAGUGAAAACAUCAUGGAAGCAGUAACCAGACGUGGAUGGGAUUUAAAAUUCUGAAUAUGAAUGCAAUUGGACUCAUUGAGACUCAUGUGACUUAGUUCAUCCUCACCCUCCCCCCAUCGCAUUAGCCUCCUUCACCAAUGUUUCAUGCAAAUUCUUGAUGAAAAUUGUCAUCGAAUAGGAUUCGAUUCUUAUUACAAUGCAAAUGACUUUUGUAAGGUGAGACCUAAGGACAAUAAGAGGUAUUUCCAAUUGAUGUAUACUAAGGAAGUGUAGGGCAUGCAAUGCAUACUUGACCGUUUUACUUAAUAUAACAAGAGCUUGAUGAUUGGUUAAAAUGCCUGCACCCACUAAGGUGUAAGGCGACAACAAUGUCGUCAUUUAUUGUCAACGAAAACCAUCCUCAUCCCACCCGAAAAUGUUUAAGAAAGUUGAACACUUUUUAGAGGACCUUUAUGGGCCCCUCAUUUAUGAAAUCUUUGUUCCACCACAUAUACACAUACACAUAUGCGAAUAUGAAGGGGGAAAGCCCUUUUCAAAAUAUCGUUUUUAUUUUUUCACACAUUCUUAUCUUAUCAAAUUUGGAUUGAUUGGCAAUUCUUUGAGUAAAAAUGACAAGAUUCUUGUCAUUUGAAGUAGAAUCAUGUCAAAUGUUUAAUAAAUUAAUGUAGCCUAUUUGCCUAUACAGCAUUUUUUUAUAUUACCUGCAUGCACGGGUGCGAUGCAAGGACAUUUUGAUUGAGGCAUACUUAUUUUGCCGACAAACAAGAAAUGCAAGAAAUUAAGUUCCAAACAAUAUUUAAUUAGACCGGUAUUACUUUUAACAAAUUACAUUGCUAUCAUGAUCAGAUAUUUAUGUUCGCGAGCGAAGCACGUGAUCAAAGAACACCCACA